GUGCUGGAAGGAAAUUCAGCAACAAGGCAGUUCAAAGUGGUUUUCACCAUCAACACAUAAAACAGUCACCAACUAUGAAACAAACAAACUUUACAGUGCCAUCAAACGUUGGAGCAGUGACAAAUAAUUAGUCUUUUUCUGGUUAUCCAUUUUCAGAUCUCACAUUUCCAGUAUGGUGGGGGAAAGAUUUACAGGUUUUAGUUGUUAAGUGAAGAAGUUUAAUUACCGGUAAGGUAACGCGGCACAUGAACCCUUCCUGGUUCUUGUAGAAUGUGAUUCCAGAAAUAUUUCAUCUCAUUUUCUCAGCCUUUUCUUUUUCCUUCCACUAACCAGAUUUUCUCAUUUCAGUAAAAGCAGACUGCGGAAACAAAAUGUGUGUAAAAGAAGCCAAAGACCUCCAGAAAUCCUAGGAAUGUCUGGCCGUUUCUCAGUAGAGCAUUAUUGUACUGGCUCCAAAUCCUCAGUGCAAGGGAAGCAAAGCCAGGCUUUUAUAAGACUCCUCUCUGACUUCUUGCCACUCAACAACCAAACCACUCUUACUGCUAGUUCACCAGACAAAACAUCAACAUCAUGGAUUCACUAGUUUCUGAAUAUCAGAACCGCCAAAGGAUCAAGGAAGUUGAGAACUCCUUCGGUCCUUCAGCGCCGCAGCUUCUCACACCAGGUCGAUUUCUGAAAGGCGAGGGCCCCCUGAUGAAGCAGGGCCGCAAGAAGUGGGAGCAGAAAAUGUUCUUCCUCUUCAACGACAUCCUGGUGUACAGCAGCGUCCUCAUGAACAACCGCUGGUACAAGAACCCCAAGAUCCUCCCGUUAAAGGACAUCAAGCUGGACGACAUGGAGGACUUUGACGACGUGAAGCACCAGUGGCUGAUCUGCACACCUCGCAAGUCCUUCCACGUGUCGGCCUCCUCCGGCGAGGAGAAGAGAGCCUGGAUGCAGCACAUCGAGGCCUGCCAGAAGACCCUGCUGCAGGAGCCGGUCCUCCAAACACACACAACCUACGCCAAAUCCUGGAUCCCCGACCGAGCCGCUCAGAAGUGCAUGCGCUGCUUCGCCACGUUCACCGGCAUCAACCGGCGACAUCACUGCAGGAAGUGCGGCUUCGUGGUGUGCAACGCGUGCUCCAAGGGCCGGGCCCUCAUCCAGCACAUCAACCCCAACAAACCGCUGAGGGUCUGCAGAGUCUGCAACAAAACGGAGGACGACCAGACCUCCCGCCUGAGAGGAGGCAGCUCCGGCCUGUGGGAUGAAACAUCCAGUGAUGAAGAGUGAACACUGACCGAUCCUCCUGUAGUAACCAAACUGUAGGCGGUGAGACAGAAACCUAAAGCCAGCCGUCCCCCUCCUUUGGAGAAAAUGUAGCCAUUAAACUGUACGGAGUUGAUAUUCAGAGAGAAUCUGAAAUCCUGGAUGUGUGGAAGAGUUGAGCAGAACAGAGCAGGUGAGGGAGAGGAAGGACACCAAUCAGUGUCACCUGAGUUUAACGUGAAUGUGUUGAUAAGACCUGCUGGACUGGAGGAGAGAAACGCAACCGAUACAGAGUGAAGGACUCUUGAUGGAAAUAAAGAAGCUGCUAUAGAAGACAAAAAGUCAUGAAGUAUUUGAAAAGUAAAUAUUGACAAUAUUGUAAAAUAUAUGUAUGUAUAUAUAAUUUUAUCAUUGUGCUCAAACUGUAGUGUUUUUGUUCUGUGAACAUAUGUUGUUUUUGUUCAUGCUGUUUGUCAAACCACUGCUGCAACCUUGUUAA